AUGGAAACGCAAACGAGGCGGGCGGCGUGGCAGACGGCGGCCGAAGCAACCGCGCACCGCGUCGCGUCGCAGGCGCAGCCGAGCGCCGUGUGCCGUGCCCGAGCGCACUCACGAGUGUGUGGCGGCCCCCCGAGCAAAUCGAGAACUCCCGAGCGUAUGGAAAGUGCCGGAGCGCCCCCGAGCGAGGCUCUCGGGCGUCACGAGCGCAGCACGGAGCCCGCCCACGCGCACACAAUAUAUCUAAGACACACACACGAAUGCUUGAAACAAAUUUGGGAAGCACACUCUAGUGAAUUGACGUCGCGACCUCGCGAGUGUUCGCCGCUCGUUCGCCGCGCGCCCGCGCACCGGGUAUUGUCCAAUUUAACUACCUACUGA